AUGAAGGUCGCCAUUGUUUCCCUCCUCGCGUUUACUGCUGGCCUCGUAUCCGGACACGGGUAUGUCAGCCAGGCUACAAUUAACAACGUCGUCUACUCUGGCUACCUCCCAUACAGUGAUCCUUACUAUAGUACCCCUCCUUCGAGAAUCUUCAGAAAAAUCAAUGGGAAUGGGCCUGUUGAAGACGUGACUCUGAUUGAUUUGCAGUGUGGCGGGUAUACUGCUGGUGGGAUUGUGGGUUCUGCACCGGCUGCUUUGACGGCACCAGUUGCACCAGGUUCAACUGUUAGUUUGCUAUGGACUCAAUGGCCCGAUUCUCACAAGGGACCGGUCAUAACAUAUAUGGCAAAAUGUCCCUCAAGCUGCACAGACUAUAUGCCGGGCACUGCUGCUGUCUGGUUCAAGGUUGCCGAGACCGGAAAGUCUGGAACCACGUGGGGAUCCACCCCUCUUGAGACAAAUGUUCCAUAUACAUUCAAGAUCCCUAGUACACUAAAGCCUGGGAACUACAUUGUUCGCCAUGAGAUCAUUGCUCUACACAGUGCCUACUCAUAG